AUGGUGGGUGUAGCGCCUGCUGUCUGCUGCGCCACCUGGGCAGUCAUCACGAUUUUGGCUCCCUUGGUUUUUCUGUACGCCCAAAGGUACUUCUGGGAUGGGCAUAUCGAAGCCCGCGACGAGAGGUUGAAAUUCAUGACGGAUCUCCUGUGCAACAUCCGCGUCGUGAAGAUGUACGCCUGGGAAGACGCCCUUCAGCAGAACGUGCUCAAGUCGCGGAAGCUGGAGCUCAAGUCUCUGCUCAGAGUCAACUUCCUCGCCGCUGUCCUGGACUCUGUUUGCAGCUCAUGCAGCACCGUGAUGAUGAUCAUCCUGUUUUCAACCAUGUCGAUGUUGGAGCCCGACCGCGUUCUGAGCCCGGAGCUUUCUUUCUCGUGUGUGUCCUUGUUGUACAUCGCCGACUUGACGAGCUCCAGCCUUUCUAUGGUCUUCCGGACUAUAAGCAAGGGUUCGCUAUCACUAAAGCGGAUAUCUUCAUUUUGCACGGCCGAAGAGUAUGACGAAGAGAAGAUGUCACGAGCGCAGGAUUAUUUCACAAAGACUGACAUCUUGGGCUUUGGAUCUUCGCCCUCCUUCGUUGUCAGUGUUUUACAGCCUCCGGAGUUCUCGGCGUGCGACAGGGCUUGUUUGAAAAGAUCCGUCAGCCUUAAAAACUGCACAUUAGCGUGGAGCAGUCCUGCCAGAAAAGGCGAGGAGCCUCAACUCAAAAGUGUCACGCUCGACGUUGAACCCGGAUCACUCGUGGGAGUCGUUGGUUUCGUUGGCAGCGGGAAAUCGUCACUGCUGUCAGCCAUUCUUGGAGAUAUGCGGUGCCUCGAGGGCAGUGUGACAUCAGCGGGCCGCAUAGCGUACGUGCCGCAGCUGCCGAGCGUGCACAACAUGUCCAUACGCGACAACAUCCUGUACGGCCGGCCCAUGCAUCCUGCCUACUACGAGCGCGUGCUCCACUGUUGCCAGCUCAUGAACGACCUCAACAAGAUUCCUGCCGGAGAUGCGGCCGAGGUUGGCGAGAAGGGAACCAAUCUGAGCGGCGGACAGAAGCAGCGAAUCUCACUGGCUCGAGCAGCGUACAGCGCCAGCGACAUCUACCUCUUGGACGAACCGCUUUGUUCGCUGGACCCCAUGGUGGCGAACGGCGUGUUUCGCGAUGUGAUUGGACAGUCCGGAAUUCUUAGAGACAAGGUUCGUUGA